AUGUCCUAUAUACGACGGAGAAAGGCCCCUGCGAAUCCCGUGCGAAACGAGGAAGAAAAUGGGAAGGAUAAGGAGAAGGAGAAGGAGAAAAAGGUUAAGGUGACGCGUAUCGGAGGCGAAAAGAUAAAGAGAUGGUCAUGCGUGGAUAGUUGUUGUUGGUUUGUCGGGCUGAUAUGUUCAAUUUGGUGGUUCUUACUGUUUCUGUACAAUGCAAUGCCGGCGUCGUUCCCUCAGUACGUGGCAGAGGCGAUUACGGGACCGUUGCCGGAUCCUCCCGGCGUGAAACUGAGGAAGGAGGGAUUGACGGUGAACCACCCGGUGGUUUUUGUGCCGGGAAUUGUCACCGGCGGGUUGGAACUCUGGGAGGGUCGUCAGUGUGCCGAGGGUUUGUUCAGGAAGAGGUUGUGGGGUGGCACGUUUGGUGAAUUGUAUAAAAGACCGUUGUGCUGGGUUGAACACAUGUCACUAGAUAAUGAAACAGGACUAGAUCGUCCAGGCAUUAGAGUUAGGCCAGUGUCUGGACUUGUAGCAGCUGAUUAUUUUGCACCUGGUUAUUUUGUUUGGGCCGUUCUAAUUGCAAAUUUAGCUCGCAUUGGGUAUGAGGAGAAAAACAUGUAUAUGGCUGCUUAUGAUUGGAGAAUCUCAUUUCAGAAUACAGAGGUUAGGGAUCGAUCUUUGAGCAGGAUAAAAAGUAAUAUAGAACUCAUGGUGGCUACAAAUGGUGGUAAGAAGGUGGUUGUUAUUCCACAUUCAAUGGGUGUUUUGUACUUUUUGCAUUUUAUGAAAUGGGUUGAGGCACCAGGACCAAUGGGUGGAGGGGGUGGGUCAGAUUGGUGUGCCAAACAUAUUAAAGCAGUGAUGAACAUUGGGGGACCUUUUCUUGGUGUUCCAAAAUCUGUUGCGGGACUUUUCUCUAUAGAAGCCAGGGAUAUUGCUGUUGCCAGGACUUUCGCACCAGGUUUUUUGGAUAAGGAUGUUUUUGGUCUUCAAACUUUACAACAUCUAAUGCGCAUGACUCGAACAUGGGAUUCAACCAUGUCAAUGAUACCCAAAGGUGGGGAUACAAUAUGGGGUAGCCUUGAUUGGUCACCUGAUGUAUUCUAUAACUGCAGUGUGAAGAAGCACAAGAACAAUGAUACUCACAGCGCAUUUCAAAAUGACAAAGAGAGUCUCGGGUUUACCAAAAAUAUAAAUUAUGGGAGACUCAUAUCGUUUGGGAAAGAUAUAGCUGAGUCACACUCCUCCAAGCUUGAGAGGUUGGAUUUUAGGGGUGCUCUCAAAGGUAGGAACCUUGGAAACACAUCUAACUGUGAUGUGUGGACAGAGUACCAUGAAAUGGGUGUUGAAGGAAUCAAAGCUGUUACAGAUUACAAAGCUUACACAGCUGAUUCAGUUUUGGAUCUGCUUCAUUUUGUUGCUCCGAAGAUGAUGAAGCGUGGAGAUGCUCAUUUUUCUCAUGGGAUUGCUGAUAAUUUGGAUGAUGAAAAAUACAAACAUUACAAAUACUGGUCUAACCCCUUGGAAACAACAUUACCAAAUGCUCCAGAUAUGGAGAUUUACUCUAUGUAUGGGGUUGGAAUCCCUACAGAAAGAGCCUAUGUCUACAAGUUAACUCCCCAAUCUGAAUGCCACAUUCCAUUUCAGAUUGACACCUCAGCAAAUGGUGGAAAUGAGUACUCAUGUCUAAGGGAUGGAGUUUACAGUUCUGAUGGUGAUGAAACUGUUCCUGUUUUAAGUGCUGGUUUCAUGUGUGCAAAGGGUUGGCGGGGAAGAACCCGCUUUAAUCCUUCCGGAAUUCGUACAUUCAUAAGGGAGUAUGAUCAUGCCCCUCCCGCUAAUCUUCUAGAAGGUAGGGGAACCCAGAGUGGCGCACAUGUUGAUAUAUUGGGUAACUUUGCAUUGCUUGAAGAUAUUAUACGAGUAGCAGCUGGAGCCUCUGGGGAGGACUUAGGUGGGGAUAGAGUGCACUCUGACAUAUUCAAAUGGUCUGAAAAUAUCAAUUUGGUGCUAUAG